UUAAAUUUUUCUUUCGACGCAGUAUUACACCGCCUACCGCGUCCAACGUCGUUGCUGCGACGGAUACGCAUCGAAGGACGGUGUUUGCGUGCCCGUUUGCACCCCACCUUGCAUCAACAGCCAAUGCAUGCCGAAUAAUUAUUGCGAAUGCGACUAUGGAUACACGAGGGAUGAAUAUGCGAAGAACAAGUGUUUACCGUAUUGCUACAAUUGCGCCAACGGAAAGUGCAUACGGCCGGGCGUAUGCGAAUGCAAUACCGGAUAUCGAAUGAACGAGAACAAUGUCUGCGAGCCAAUCUGCGCCCAAAACUGCGAGAAGCAACACGCUUAUUGCUCCUCGCCCGACAUCUGCACCUGCAAUGUUGGUUACAAGGCUGUGAAUCGUCAAUGCAAGCCAGUCUGCUCGUUCAAAUGCGUCAACUCGAACUGCACCGCGCCCGAUAAGUGUACCUGUCGCGAUGGCUACGAGCCGAGCUGGUACAGCAAGUACGAAUGCGUGCCGAAGUGCAAGAACGGUUGCCUGCACGGUGUUUGCACGGGGCCGAACGUGUGCACGUGCAACGCGGGAUACGAGAUGGGCGACGACAACGAGUGCGGCCCGAUUUGCAGCCAGCCGUGCACGAUGGGCACGUGCGAGGCCCCGGAAUUUUGUCGUUGUUACAAGGGUUACAGUUUGAGCCACGACUCUCCGUACAAUUGCGAGCCAAUCUGCGAGAAGGGUUGCGCGAACGGGACGUGCACGGCGCCCGCCACGUGCACCUGUCACCACGGUUACAUACAUCACGGCGACCACGCGAUGCAACACGUUUGCGUCCCACAUUGCGAGGAAUCUUGCGAGCCGCACGGGGAAUGCACCGCCCCCGAUAUCUGCACUUGUUACGAGGGUUAUCGGCUCGAUGACGGGAGCCAGACGAAGUGCAAGCCUAUCUGCGAGCAAACUUGCGUGAACGGAUACUGCAGUGCACCGGGGGUAUGCGAAUGCGAUCCAGGCUACGAGCAUUCCACGAGCAACCGUACCGUGGCCGUCUGCCGACCCGUCUGCGUGAACGAGUGCAUAAACGGAUAUUGCAGUCGCCCCAAUACCUGCGAGUGCAACCCGGGCUAUCGAUUUUCAACGCACACGUCCGAUCUCUGCGAGCCUUUCUGCGAGCAGCCUUGCAACAACGGCCACUGCACCAGCCCCAACCGAUGCACUUGCAACAGCGGCUACCACCCGAGCCCGAACGACCCCUUUACUUGCGACCCGACCUGCAACCAGGAAUGCCACUUCGCAACUUGCACCGCGCCCGACACGUGCACCUGCCAUCGUGGAUACUCGGCAAGAAACGCGACGGUUUGCGACCCCGUUUGCGAGACAGCCUGCGUGAACGGGUAUUGCAGUGCACCGGAGACCUGUGCCUGUAAUUUCGGUUACGAAUUGUCCGAACACGAUCACCACGUGUGUUCGCCAAUAUGCGAACAGCUAUGCAAGAACGGCUACUGCAGCGCGCACGAUGGGCACGGUUACAGUUUGAGCCACGACUCUCCGUACAAUUGCGAGCCAAUCUGCGAGAAGGGUUGCGCGAACGGGACGUGCACGGCGCCCGCCACGUGCACCUGUCACCACGGUUACAUACAUCACGGCGACCACGCGAUGCAACACGUUUGCGUCCCACAUUGCGAGGAAUCUUGCGAGCCGCACGGGGAAUGCACCGCCCCCGAUAUCUGCACUUGUUACGAGGGUUAUCGGCUCGAUGACGGGAGCCAGACGAAGUGCAAGCCUAUCUGCGAGCAAACUUGCGUGAACGGAUACUGCAGUGCACCGGGGGUAUGCGAAUGCGAUCCAGGCUACGAGCAUUCCACGAGCAACCGUACCGUGGCCGUCUGCCGACCCGUCUGCGUGAACGAGUGCAUAAACGGAUAUUGCAGUCGCCCCAAUACCUGCGAGUGCAACCCGGGCUAUCGAUUUUCAACGCACACGUCCGAUCUCUGCGAGCCUUUCUGCGAGCAGCCUUGCAACAACGGCCACUGCACCAGCCCCAACCGAUGCACUUGCAACAGCGGCUACCACCCGAGCCCGAACGACCCCUUUACUUGCGACCCGACCUGCAACCAGGAAUGCCACUUCGCAACUUGCACCGCGCCCGACACGUGCACCUGCCAUCGUGGAUACUCGGCAAGAAACGCGACGGUUUGCGACCCCGUUUGCGAGACAGCCUGCGUGAACGGGUAUUGCAGUGCACCGGAGACCUGUGCCUGUAAUUUCGGUUACGAAUUGUCCGAACACGAUCACCACGUGUGUUCGCCAAUAUGCGAACAGCUAUGCAAGAACGGCUACUGCAGCGCGCCGAACGAAUGCAGUUGCGAUCCAGGUUACGGCCCAUCCGAGAACAGCACAGAUAUUUGCGAACCAAUUUGUGAACCGAAUUGCAUCAACGGCUAUUGCAUUCGUCCGGACGAAUGCGAGUGCGAUUCGGGUUAUCGAUCGUUGGAAACUGGUUCGAACAUUUGCCAACCUGUUUGCGAACAGCUAUGCAAGAACGGCUACUGCAGCGCACCGAACGAAUGCAGUUGCGAUCCAGGUUACGGUCCAUCCGAGAACAGCACAGAUAUUUGCGAACCGAUCUGCGAAGAAUCGUGCGGCGAGAACGGGAUCUGCGUCGCGCCGAACGCGUGCGAGUGCGCGCAGGGUUACGAGUCGCGUUCAAACGAGACUUCGUUUAACAAAGUUUGCGAGCCCGUGUGCGAGUUCGAGUGCGGGAACGGUAGCUGCGCGGCCCCGAACGAGUGCAUCUGCGACGCGGGUUACGCGAAGAGAGACGGGCGAGAUCGGUGCGAGCCGUUCUGCGAGUCUUGCGACAAUGGGACCUGCACGGGGCCCGAGGUGUGCGAGUGCGAGCAAGGUUUCGUCCCGCUUCGACGAGGGAAUGGAACCGUGUGCGAGCCGUAUUGCGAGAACUGCUCGAAUGGAAGCUGCGUGGCACCUGGCGACUGCGUGUGCAACGCCGGCUACGUGAAACGGGAUGACGAGGAGGAUGGAGGCUGCGUUGCCGCGUGUCGAAACAAUUGCAACGAUCGCGGGGUGUGCGAGGAGAGAAGUUGCCGUUGUUUCUACGGCUGGGACGGGGCGCAUUGCGAGGAGCCAAGAUUUUGCGUGUUGGUGAUGGAGAAUGGGAUGGUCGAACGGUUGAACGUAUGGAACGUAGAGCACGACGUGAACGAUACGAUUGAUUACGUGUUCGCGAACAGUCCAUUGUGUCAUCACGAUUGUUUGAGGAACGAGACGUUGUGCAGUGGAAAGUACAGGAAGAAUGGGAUGGAGAACGAUACGAUCGCCUGUCUGAUCGAUUCUAAUUGCGGUCGAGUGUACGCGUUGAUCUCGAGUCGUUUAACGACGAUAGGUGGGAUCGCCACGGGUAUCGCUAUGGUUGUAGCCAGUAGCGCCAUUCUGAUCUAUUCGCUGGCGCGAAACACGAGGAAGAGGAAAUUUUCUCUAGAUAACACGCCAUCGAUGCAGAUGCAGAAUCCGCGAGCCGCUUUGGGAACCGAGGAGUAGAACGGUUGAAAGACGAGUUUAUCGCUUGUAAUUUAUACGUUAAAUUAUUGUAAUCAAUAAAAAAGAAUUAAUAAAAAAGAGGGGAAAAAAGCGUAGCUUAGUUAAAUAACACUUGUUACUUCUGGAUUCGAUCUA